ACAAAGUUACAAACACAGACAACAAAUAAAAUUACAUUCAAUUAUAAAAACAGUUACAUUUAAAGGAGUUGACCUCAAGUGCUCUCAGUCUGGUUUUAAAAUCAUUUAAAAAGAUAAGAUCAGGGAGCUUCCAGUUUUUUUGCAGUGUGUUCCAUGACGUGGGAGCAGCGUGAGAAAAAGAUCUUUUUCCCAGUUCUGUGCGGACAAAUGGAACAUUGAGCAACAGUUGAUCAUUUGAACGCAAUGAAUAUGAAUCAACAUUUCUCCUCUGUAGUAAAUCUCCAAUGUAGGAGGGAAGCAGUCCAAGCAUGGCCUUGUAAAUAAAAAUGUACCAGUGUCCUUGCCUUCUUGUGGACAGAGAUGACCACCCCACACGAGAGUACAGUUCACAGUGAUGUGUUAAUGCUCUACAAUUGGUGAUAAACCUCAGAGCAGCAUGAUACACAGAGUCUAAUCUAUAAAGACAAUGAUUUGAAGCAUUCAUGUACAAAAGGUCCCCGUAGUCUAAAACAGAUAGAAAUGUUGCUGUCACAAGUCUUUUUUUACUUUGAAAGAGAAGCAAAGCUUAUUUCUAAAAAGAAAACCCAAUUUCAGUUUUAGUUUCUUCACAACAUUUUCAAUGUGGGGCUUGAAUGUCAAGGAGUCAUCAAGUAAGACCCCAAGGUAUUUGUACUCAUGUACUUGCUCUAUAAGUAACAUCUAACUUGGGCUAGUAAAUCAAGAAAAUUAGGAGAUUUAUUGCUGAAUUUAGAUUUGUGAAUAUAAAACUUGGUUAAUAAAAUCAUAAGAUUUAUCAAAUAAAAUUGAGAUAAAAAUGUCUUAUAAUUAACUUGCAGGACAAGUAAGAAUCGCCCCUCGGACGUUCAUCCGUCCGACAGGGGGCGCCAUAUUUAUGUGGGGCUCAAAAUUGGAAGCGCAAAGCAAUCUGGUACUUGUAGUUUACAUAGUGGGGUGGUCGGAUUGAUAACGCGCCGCAGAACAAAACAAGACGACGCUCUUGAAUAUAAAGUUUAAACGUUGAAAUCGUCGUGAGAAAUAGUUUUGCCACGUGCAAGUUUGGAUCAAAUCGGCUGGAGUAAGUCCUCAAACUCGGAGAGCAGCUCACUUUUAGUGAAAAUAAACAGGAAGUUGAUAGCGUUGUGGGACGUGUAGUUUUGUGUGCAGGCCGUGGCGCUUGAUAGCAAGGCAUCGGAAAAAAAGCACCAAUUAAAUAAUCCAAGCAUCAUUUAACCAUCGUGUUUUAAGCAUCGACUUUGAAUAAACGAUGCCCGGGUUCACGUGCUGUGUGCCUGGCUGCUACAACAACUCGCACCGGGACCGGGAGCUGCGCUUCUACACAUUUCCAAAGGACACCACGCUAAGAGAGCAGUGGCUGAGGAAUAUUUCCCGGGCCGGGGUCAGCGGCUGCUUCAGCACCUUUCAGCCCACCACAGGACACCGAGUCUGCAGUGUGCAUUUCGCCGGAGGGCGGAAGACCUACUCCGUUCGAGUGCCGUCCCUGUUUCCCCUGCGUGGAGUGAAUGAACGCAGGUGUCGGCGGGGCAGAGGGAGAAAGGUUUACGCUGCAGUCCUCGCCCCCGCCGCCGCAGCGACCUCUGGGAUUGUGGCCACUAGCGUGCUUGGGAACACGGCCGGAGGAGCCGAGGGCAGCAUUGGAGGCGAGGCGGGCGACGACAGCAUUACCGUGGUUCAAAUAGGCCAGAACGGGGAGUACCUGGGCACCGCGCGGCUACCGGCUCAGUCAGAGGCGACUUGUUACUCCGCGCCAUGCGGCAGCGCGGAUGAACUGAGAAGCGACGAGUACUCGUUGGAAACCGGCACUAACCAGCCCACAGUGCAUUACGUGAGUGUGACCAGCAGCCCUCUGGACCACUCGUACUCCCUGACGACUGGAACCACGUCAGCCGAACUACUGCGGAAACUGAACGAGCAGCGGGACAUCAUCGCGCUGAUGGAGGUGAAGAUGAAGGAGAUGAAGGCGACCAUCCGCCAGCUCCGGGUCACCGAGGCCAAGCUGCAGGAGGAGGUGCGGGAGCGGGACCGGCUGCUCGGCCACUCACCACCUGUUGGUUUCAGAAAGAAAAUGUAACUCUCCUGAACAAACCUGGAGACCACCCUAACAGGGACAAGGAGAUGAAUGAAGCAUGGCCGCCUGAAACCAGACUCUCAUGAACUUUACGCCAAGUCUGACGUGAAGGAUGGGAUGGUUUAUGUAGAUAAUAGUAAUUAAAUAACUGCUAAUCACAUAAACACACUGUUGGGGCUCAACAACGUAAGAUUGUUAUUCCUUCUUUAAAGAAGGCUCACUUCAACUGACCAUCUUAGGGUGUUUAACUCUUGAUAAGAAAGAAAAGAAAAAAAUCCCUUUAUUGUUAAACUUUUACGUUUUUUUUCACUUUGUAUUUCUUAAUUUAGUUCAUUGUUUUCCAGAGAAAAAUUAAAGGGCAAAGUUGCAAAAUGCAGUAAGUAGGACUGAAUGAAAACAUUUCCCACACAUUAACUUUUCAUUUUAAUCAUUAAAUGUGAAUCUGAUUGUACCGGAGUCCAGUGUAAGCACCGGAUAUGUUUUCACCCCCUAUAUUCUUUUUCAACAAAAGAAGUUUACCAAACUCAUUCAAACUGCAGACUCGGCUGUCAAAUAAGAUGUUCCAUAAAAAUAUGGAUUCUGUUGCAUUUGUUUAAGUUUUUUCCCCUAAUAGGUAAUUUAGUUAAAAUAUCUUUCUUAAUAUCUUGAUAUACAUAAUUCAACUUUAGUGUUUGUGUGUCGAGGUUGUUUCGAUGAACCAGGUCCUGCUUAAUCUGUGAUUCUGUAUGUGCCUAUUUGUAGUCAGACAUGAAUUUGUGUUUAUUGGCUGCAUCUAUUCAUGGAUGUUUUAUGUACAGGAUGUUUGGCACAUUUCAGAUGUUUUAGUCUAUGGCGAGCUAUGACAAAACCUCACCUUGAAACAUUGUGCUAAAACGUUCAGUCGAUUCUUAAGUGUCAUUUGGUUCAGUGACACGAUGAUGGACUUCUACAGUAUUUUCAGGUUUACAGAUGUUGGAUUCGUCCCGUCCAUGUAAAAGGUUUGGACUGUACACAGUACAUUUUUGUGUGUUUUAGGAAAGAGGAGGCAAUGUGUUGCCCAAGACCUCGUAAGUUUUAUUGAAGCAGAGUAUUUUUGACGACUUGUGUUGACUUAUGUAAAAAAUAAUUAAAAUUUGUACAAGACGUUCAGU